UCUGUAUAACAAAGAGCCCACGAAGUGUAUCUCUCGUUAAAGUUACGCGUGUUACCCGGACGAGGACUCUUAUUUUGACAGCGGCGAGGCGGCUGUUCCUCCAGACCCACACAUCGCCUGUUCGUCAGAGAAGACGCGCUGCUGAGGUCACCGAGCACCGGGGGCGACGCUGCUCCGCCGCUAUAUAAUCCUCCUCGGCCCGGUGGACGACAGCAGCGCACCGAGCAACCGACACGAGACAAAGCCUCACACACACCGAACUGAACUGACAGACAUGGUGAAGAUCACCUUCCAGCCAGUCUCGGCGCAGAAGCCCGAAAAAGAGACCGAUGGAGUCAAGAUCAUUGUGCCCCAGGCUCACGAGCAGCUUGUUCAUCCGGUCAGGCCCAAGAAGCUGUUUCCAACAGGCCUGUGCUGCCUCACCUUUGGCCUGGUGGUUUUCAUGUCAGGACUGGUGCUGGCCUCUGUCUACAUCUAUCGCUACUACUUCAUACCUCAGAUCCCAGAGGACAGCUUGUUCCACUGUCGGGUUGUCUAUGAGGACUCAGUGUUCGCUCCUCUGAGGGGCCGGCAAGAAAUCGAGGAGAAUGUCGGCAUCUACCUUGAUGACAACUACGAACAGAUCAGCGUGCCUGUGCCGCACUUUGGAGGCAGCGACCCUGCCGACAUCAUCCAUGACUUUCAGCGGGGCCUCACAGCUUACCAUGACAUUGCCUUGGACAAAUGUUACAUCACCGAGCUGAACACGACCUUGGUGAUGCCUCCACGUAACCUGUGGGAGUUGCUGGCCAAUGUCAAGAGAGGGACGUACCUUCCUCAGACGUACAUCAUCCAGGAGGAGAUGAUGGUGACGGGGAGGGUGAGGAACAUGAGGCAGCUGGGCCCAUUCAUCCACAGACUCUGCUACGGCAAAGAAACCUACCGCCUCAGGCGCCGCAGCCAGCGUCGACGUAUCGAGAAGCGCGAGACAAAGAGGUGCCACAGCAUUCGUCACUUCGAGAACACGUUUGUGGUUGAGACUGUCAUCUGCGACCGGAUCUAGAUCUGAGGCAGAAAUCAGAGCCAUCCAACACUGAAGGCAAAUUCAAAUCAUACCUCUUGAAUAAUUUAGUAUUUUAACUGCACUUUAAGAGCAAGUGUUUUUUUUGUCCAACAGUUUCAGUUUAAAUUUUCAGUUUUUUUUUAUUUGUCUGGAGUUGGAAUGCUCUCAUUGUUCAUGUAUAAUGUUAUGUUAUAAUGUUAGUUCAGUCUGUAUAUGUGGAUGACGAUAUAAAUGUGUGGAUAUAUCUGUAGCUUGUCAUGUUGUGCAAACAAAGUUAACGUCAACUUGUCAGUUUGUGACAUUUUUAUUUGAGGACUUGAUUUAAUUUAAUUUUAGACUCGUCUUCAUUAUUCUUUGGAAACCCAGUGCACUGUGCUGGAUGGUAACGAUGCUCCGAAGCUGCUUGCACUGUUCACUCCGGUGAACGUUUGUGUCCUGGUCGUUGUUCUAUUUUGUUUUGAAUGUCUGAAAAAUGGCAAAACAUACCUCAUGUAGACAUUUCUUUGCUGUUUAUUUAUGAAUGGUGUGUAUAAUUUUGAAUGUUCCUAAGCAAUAUCUACUGUAAAUUGACUCUCUUCUGGAAUUUCAUAUUGUUACAUGCAUAGAUUUUUAUCUGAGAUCGACUUGUUUUGUGAAUGAUCAUUCCUUCAUGGUUUUGUCUUUAUACUUCUUUUGGUAUCAUACUUUCCUACUCCGGGGAUAUAAAUGGCUUUAGACUGUAAUUAGUAGCAGUGCUUUAGAGGGACAAAAGGAACCAAAGUCUGCAGUCAGCGAUCCUAUGCGUUGUGUUAUGUAUAUAUAUGGACGACUUAGAAAGAAUGCUUUAUAGUCUAGAUCACUUACUGUAAAUGAUUUUAAAGGCUAAACUUAUCUUCCUGUUCCUUACUGGGAUUUGUCUGUUGUCUUCAGCUCUUGCCAGUUCCAAUCCUUCCUAUCUUGUCAUUAUUAUUUCCACAAUUUUGAUUUGUCCCAAGUUUAAAAGAAAAAAAGAAUAGAAGAUUUUGGUCUUUCUAAUGUGCAUCAUGGAUCAAAUCAGUCUCUGUUGAGACCGGUGAUAAUGAGCUCAUAUCUCAUCAACUUCAUAUAUCUUAUUUCGCUGUACAGUUGAUUUUUCUUGUAAUAUCUUGCUGCUUUAAAAAUAAAUUAUCAAACUUUA